AUGGCCUCCUUCACCCCAACCCCUGUGGACUCGAUCGCGUCAACGGUCACCCGCCUAGACGCGGCCUUCGGCACUCUCAAGUCUCACCCGCUCUCUUUCCGCCUUGAGCAGCUCGGCCGCCUCUACUGGGGUCUCCGAGACAAUGAGCAGGCACUCUAUGAUGCGUUGGCAGCCGAUAUCGGGAAGCCGGUUUUUGAGACAUUCAUGACCGAGUUCGCGUGGCCAUUGAGCGACAUCGUGAAUGUUAUGGAGAACCUCAAGACCUGGGCGGCGGAUGAGCCUAUCACCGACGUGCCAUGGACUACCAAGCUUGUCAACAGACCAGUCAUGAGGAAAGAUCCUAUGGGAACAAUUCUAAUUAUUGGAGCUUCAAACUUCCCCGUUCAAUUGACCAUCAGUCCGCUAGUUGGAGCGAUAGCCGGCGGUAACGCAGCCGUUGUGAAACCCAGUGAGCUGACUCCAAGAUCUUCUGCACUUAUUGCGAAAAUCGUCGAGGAUGUUCUGGACAGUGAAUUUUACGCGGUCGUCAAUGGCGGGGUCGAUGUGACGACGAAGCUCCUGGAGCUGAAGUUUGAUAAGAUUGUCUACACGGGAAGCACUUAUGUGGGGAAAAUUGUUGCUACAGCGGCAGCGAAGCAUUUGACGCCUUGUAUAUUGGAAUUAGGCGGUUUAAACCCCGUGUUCGUCACCAAAUCUGCCGAUGUAAAAACUGCUGCUAAAAGGAUCGCCUGGGGGAAGGUCCACAAUGCCGGCCAAAUUUGUCUAGGACCUGAUUACGUUCUCAUACACCCUAGCCUCGAGCGCGAAUUUGUCGAAAGUUUCAAAAAUGCACUCAAAAUAUACCUCCCGAAUGGUGCGCAGGCCUCCCCGGAUUACGGCAAAAUAGUCAAUGAUAGAAACUUCAACCGCAUCAAGAAGCUGUUGGACAACAGUAGUGGAACAGUCUUGUGUGGCGGAAGCGUCGACGAGUCAACAAGGUUCAUUGAACCAACACUUGUGAAAGUGACAAAUUCGAGUGAUAGUUUGUUGAGCGAAGAAAUUUUCGGCCCUGUGAUUCCUAUGAUGGUUGUAGGAAAAGUCGAUGAGAUGGUAUUAUUGGCGAAGAGGCUGGGGGAUACGCCGCUGGCGAUGUACAUCUUCUCUGCGGAUAAGUUGGAGCAAGAAAAGAUUCUCAAGAGUGUGAGGUCUGGGGGUGUCUCCAUUAAUGAUGUGAUUCUUCAUGCCUCAAACAGCUACAUUCCCUUCGGCGGGGUUGGUGAAUCCGGACAUGGAAAGUACAGAGGCCGUGAUACUUUUGAUUCAUUCGUACACAGACGACCGAUCCUCAGUCAGCCACUCUGGGUUGAGGGGCAGCUCAGCAUUCGCUACCCACCUUACACGCCAAAGAAGCUUGCGGCUUACAAAAGAUUUGUGGCUCACCCAGCCGUGAAAUUUGGAAGAGAUGGAAAACAUUUGCCACAGUCCUUAUGGCUUUGGGCCUUCUUGCUAGGCUCUUCCAACAAGAAGGGGGGCGUGUUCAGAUAUUUGCUUGUUGUGCUUGCUGGAGUGUUGUGGGCGAGAAAAUUUCUCCCAGUUUCGCCUUCCCAGGUUUGGUUCAGAUUUUUUCCUCACCUGCAUCAGAUUUCUGAAGCAUGUCAAGUGAUCUGCCCGAGAGGGAAGAGCGCAUCAUGUAACCAGGGGCCCGUCGGCCUUUGCACGCAAUCCGAACACCGAGCCUCCUCAAGCUGUCAAUUUCACCGAUACGAUCGAAGGGGGCUAUUCUCGGCAUUCUCGGCCAACCGCUCCAAGCAACUCGCACAGACGCCACUUCUACCGGUGUUCUUCGCGUUGGGCUACCCCUAG